CCAUCAUUGAUUGCUAAAUUGAUUCCGAAAUUCGCUGACAACAUUGAACAACAUGGCGGACGUCAUCUUUUUGGAGUACCAAAGCUACUUUGGCGCCGUGAACAUCCAAGUAGAGGCGGGGGAUGGCAGCAUGAGCGCCGAUGUGGAGGCCAGCAUUCGCGACCUUCUUGUAGAGAGGGGCUUACAAGAGGACGACUUCGACGUGAAGAGGAGCAUGGAUAGCUGCUUCAGCAUCAGUCUGAGCGGGGCGAGGGUGAGAGUCAACCGGCCGAUGGUCCUGCAGGCGGUGAUGAAGAAGCCUGGGUUUGUGGUACAGACUUCGGCUGUGUACUACAACAUGGACGCUGGUUUUACCGGGUACAGUUGGACCCUAGUACGGAAUGUCUCACGGGUUUAAGUCGACCAGGUACCUGUUGGAAAUAG